AGUUCCAAAAGGGCGCGGUAAGGGAGCCGGAUCACGAGAAGGCGACAAAGGCAAACGCAUUCCGUCAUCAACUGGCAAAGGUAAAACUUCAGGUAAAAACCAAGACCAUCGACCAAGAAAGCCUUAUCCAAAGAACAGAAAUGCCAAAUCAGCAACGCAGCACGAGACACAGCCUCCCGCGGGUAGAGCACAGAACGGCGGUCAAAAGAAAUCAUUUCCCAGUAAAGGUAACACUCUGGAUCUUAAGACCUUGAAAGAAAAGGAUUGGAUUGAGGUGGUCCACAAAUUAAACGAUAGUAUGGCUGGACUUAAGUUCGUUCUAAGAUCAGAAGAGGAACAGCACAACACUGAGGACUUUAUCUUCGACCUUACUUGUACACUAGCAAUUGUCUGCGAUGCGCCAGCUGGUGAAAACCCGAAUAAGAUUCUAGCUGCGCUUAAAGGUUCAGCCUUUUUUAGUUCCAAAAUUCCAUACUUACUGGAUCGUGUUCAGAAAGGGAAAACGUCAAUAACUGAUCCCCAGUCUCAAAGAAGACUCGUAGAAUCCCUAAUCAAAGUAUUCAAUAAGUAUCUGAUGCACUUACCGAGUUCAUAUGCGGACCCGCCUUACGAUCCGCUCAGAGAAACCUUGGAUCAGUCAAACAUUGACGGAAAAGAUGUGCUGAAGAAACAAUUAGAUGAUUUCAAACAAAGAAGAGAUGACAUCAUCAAGGCCGAAAGACAAAAGCAUGGAAGACGUUACGCCAACAAGAUGGGUCAAAAGCCACCAAAUGAUUUUAGAGACAUCCCCAUCUGUCCAACGAACAAAGAAAUCAAGUCUCAAGAACGACCCUUUCUGCGAAAGAACAUCAAAAAGGGACAUUUCCAAGAUGUCGAACAUUAUCUUGAUGUGCAGUUCCGAUUGCUUCGAGAGGAUUUCCUUGCGCCAUUAAGAGAAGGUAUCUAUGAAAUUACGCACAACAUUCCAAGAGGACAACGUAAUCAGUUGAUGAAAUGCUACCAAGGAGUAACCAUUGCCGGCAAGGAAUUGAGUAAGUCUGGAAUUAUUUACAAUGUUCACUUUGAUGUUUCCAAAUUUCCCAUGACAAAAUGGGCGCACUCAAAGAGGCUCAUUUAUGGUUCAUUCCUGUGCCUGUCAAAAGACAAUUUCGAAACAAUGCUUUUUGCCACGGUUGCCAAUCGAGACCCGAGGAACCUUCAGAAAGGUACAUUUGAUAUUCAGUUCAUUGAGGAACAAAAUAUUUUAGAUAUCGAGAAGCGCCAACAAGAAUACCAGAUGGUUGAGUCACCAGCUUUUUUUGAAGCCUGCCGUCAUGUACUUAAAGGACUCAAGGGAAUAAACGCAGACAGCAUGCCUUUCAAAAAGUAUUUGGUUGAAUGUAGUGACAAGGCGGAACCACCGGAGUAUCUUGUACGAGAAGAUGGUCAAGAUCCUGUGUGUUAUGAUCUGACCAAGGCCCUUGGUGUAUGGAAUUCACCAACAUCGAAGAGGGUACCUGUUCUCAACCCUGAGGCUUGGCCAUCCGUAGACAUACUUCCUCUAAACGAGUCCCAGUUAGAAGCGUUAAGAACAGCAGUGACAACUGAAUUUUCCGUCAUACAAGGCCCACCAGGAACGGGAAAGACCUACGUUGGAGCCAAAAUUGUGCGAUGCCUGCUGGAAAAUCGACUGCAGUGGGAUCCAGAAAAAGUAUCACCAAUGCUAAUGGUCUGCUACACAAAUCACGCACUGGAUCAAUUUCUAGAGAAAGUGCUAGAGUUUCUUCCGAAGAGAGCAAUUAUUCGAGUCGGGGGAAGAAGCAAAAGUAAGGAAUUGGAAGACUGUAAUUUAAAGAUCUUCACCAAGACGUACAGACGAAAUUAUGCCCAUGGAUUCAAACGUGGAGAAAUGGAAGAAAAUCAACGAGAAAUGGACUUGGAAAUUGAGCAUUGUAAGAAACUUCUUACCAAAGCAGACAAAGUACUUUUGGAAUUUCGAGAUUUGGAAGACGGAAUGAGCUCACGACAUGCAGACCAACUUUAUGGAGCAACCUUUCCACGUAACGCAACAAGCAGCUGUCAAAACCCAGCAAAUACUUUCAAGUUAUGGCUCUGUAACAACACCCGGAUGAAUGAUGCAAACCAACACUUAAGCACGGUAAUGGAAAUCCAUAAGGAAGGAGCCCAAGAUGGAUCUGUUCUGCAGGAGGAUUAUGCAGAUGAAGACGAUGACGUUCUUUACCAUGCUGCUGGAGAACGAUUUGAAGGAAACAAUAACAGUCAUCUUUUACAGGACGAAGUAGUGAAUCCUGUUGAACAAUCCCUGCAAGAAGUGCCAAAGGAGAAUGCAACAACAAGAGAUACAGAAACUGUUUCAGACCAAAGUCCAUCAACAAAUACAAAGGUUAAGAAUCAACUGGACGCAAACACUCCCUCUCUGAACGGAUCUCCUAUGAGUUACUCCAGACAUGUGGCAUCAGAGCCCUCAGUUCACGAGGAUCUCCAAUCCAAUAACAAGAACGCGAAGCAGGGGAAUACUGAAGACUUACAGCAAGCACAGCAGGAUGAGUCACAGAUGCUAGUUUCAAAGAGGAUUGAAAAACCUAUAGUUGCCAAACACCUUGAACAGGAAAGUCAAUCGCUAAAUGGAGACAAUGAUCCCGAAUCCAAAAGCUUUGAUACCGUAGAGGGAAAAAGUAACGAGGAAGAAAUGACACCACAUGACGCCGGUGAAGAGACCAUCGCAGUGGAAGAUGAGGCAGCAUGGAUCCAGAGUCAGAGAUGUCUAGAGGGUGAAGAAGAAUACAGGUUAGUAAAGUUACAACAAUCGGAUAGAGAAAAACGCAAAGAAGAAAAUGAAGCAGCGGUAUCUGAGAACAGUGAGGAAUGGAAAACAGUUCUCUACCAGAAAAAUCCCCAGCGAUUCGUUUGGAGAAAAGAAGAAGGCGGGACCAUCAAAGACGAAAUAGAAGGUCAAUUGGGUGAGGUUGAAGACAGCCAAGAGAGGAUUACAACCACCAAAAAACGCAAAAAGAAAAAGAAAAAGACAGAGGACAAGAUCAAUAUUACAGCAAACUUUGCUAACAUAAGAAGGCAGCUGCAACAGGAGGCGAUGAUGCCCAGUGACGAGGCACUAACAGUGGAAAAUAUUUGGUGCUUAUCAGCAAAGGAUCGCCUCCGAUUGUACCUUUACUGGAUUGAAUGUUACCGUGAACGCCACAGAAUAGAAAUUCAACGAUGUGAACAACGUUAUGAACAAAAACAUAAAGAGCUUUGUGUUGAAUUGGAAGAGAUUAAAGCCCAAGAAGAGGAAGAGAUCAUACGUCGCGCAACAGUCGUUGGAAUGACAACCAGUGGUGCUGCCAGAUACCACUCAAUGCUUCAGAGAAUAGCUCCCAAAAUCGUUAUCAUAGAGGAGGCAGCUGAGGUUCUGGAAGCCCAUAUCAUCACUUCUCUCUCACGAAACACACAACAUACAAUUCUCAUUGGAGACCAUAAGCAGCUUCGCCCGAAGGCAACAGUUUACGAAUUGGCCCAGAAAUACAAUCUGGAGAUCUCGCUGUUCGAGCGAAUGGUGUUAAACAGUAUGGACUGCAAGCGCCUCUGCAUUCAGCACCGCAUGCGUCCUGAGAUAGCUGCCCUGACUAAAAGAAUUUACGAACAUGAGAUCGUGGACCAUGAGUCCGUGUGUGCGUUUGACGACAUCUCCGGACUAAGGCACAAUAUGUUCUUUAUUGACCACAACCAGCCUGAAGUUCUAGUUCGUGGUUUGCAAAGUUUCUCCAAUCCUCACGAGGCUGGAUUCCUAGUGGCUCUCUGUCGUUAUUUGUUACUGCAAGGUUACAAGCGAGAGCAAAUCACAAUUCUCACCAUGUACACGGGCCAGCUUUUGGAGCUCCAGAGCAGAAUGCCGAGACGUGAGUUCGAGGGAAUUAAAGUGUGUGUUGUCGACAACUUUCAAGGCGAAGAAAAUGACAUCAUCCUCCUCUCAUUGGUACGAAGCUCAAAAAUAGGAUUCUUGAAGGAGUCAAACAGAAUAUGCGUUGCAUUGUCAAGAGCUCGUCAAGGAUUUUAUUGCAUUGGAAACUUUUCCCUCCUCAAAAGCCAGUGCAUACUAUGGAAAGAGAUUUGCGAUGAUUUAGAAACGAAGAACGCAAUCGGUCAAAUCCUAACACUGGUUUGCAAGAGGCACAGCAAUGCCAACGAAGUAAGAGAUUGGAAGGACAUCCAAAAGUUUCCCCUUGGUGGUUGUGAAAAACUCUGUGGAGUGCGUCUUGACUGCGGUCAUGCUUGCGACAGGGCCUGUCAUCCUACAGAUGAACUUCAUGUACCUGGCCGAUGCCCCAAAGUGUGUUGGAAAAGUUGCCCCAAUGACCAUCAGUGCCAAAAGCGUUGCCAUUAUCCGGAUGGCUGUUUCUGUGCACGUCCUGUGGUGAAGAUUAUUCCUCGAUGCGGUCACGAACAAACAGUGCAGUGCUGUAUUGAGCCUGAAGAUUUUACAUGUCAAGUCAAAUGCGAGAAGUUUCUCACCUGUGGGCACAGAUGUGAAAACAUAUGUGGCAGUCCAUGUACACCUUGCAAAGUCAACUGCUCUAAGGCUCUUCCAUGUGGACAUGAAAAGGUUAUGCCGUGUUUCAAAGACCCCAUAAUCUUUUACUUCUAUAACAAGUGCAAUAGUAACUGCGACAAAGUCCUGGAUUGUGGCCACCCUUGUUCCAAGAAAUGCAAGGACCGAUGUCGCUGUAACACUACAAUUGAGGUAGAGCUGCCAUGCAGGCAUGGAGUACUCGUUUUGUGUCCGGAAAAGAGCUAUCCACCCCCUUGCAUUAUGAAAUGCACUCGAAAAUUGGUCGACUGUGGACACGAGUGUCCUGGUCUGUGUUAUGAAGAGUGUAGCAGUUACCGGUGCGAAAUUUUGGUUGAAAAGCUCCUUCCGUGUGAUCACAAACAAAUCCUUCCAUGCCACUUUGACCCACGCUACAUCAGCUGUCACGAAAUGUGUCAAAAGAAGUGUAACCGAGGCCAUCCCUGCCAACAACGGUGCCACUUUGGGUUUCCAUGUAAAGAUUGCCAAGUGAUGGUUAACAUGACAAUUCCCUCAUGUAACCACAAUAUUGAGAUGCNGAUUUGCGAUGAUUUAGAAACGAAGAACGCAAUCGGUCAAAUCCUAACACUGGUUUGCAAGAGGCACAGCAAUGUCAACCAAGCAAGAGAUUGGCGUGACAUCCAAAAGUUUCCCCUUGGUGGUUGUGAAAAAGUCUGUGGAGUGCGUCUUGACUGCGGUCAUGCUUGCGACAGGGCCUGUCAUCCUACAGAUGAUUUUCAUUUACCUGGUCGAUGCCCCAAAGUGUGCUGGAAAAGUUGCGCCAAUGACCAUCAGUGCCAAAAACGUUGUCAUUAUCCGGAUGGCUGUUUCUGUGCACGUCCUAUGGUGAAGAUUAUUCCUCGAUGCGGUCACGACCAAACAGUGCAGUGCUGUAUUGAACCUGAAGAUUUUACAUGUCAAGUCAAAUGCGAGAAAUCUCUCAAAUGUGGGCACAGAUGUAAAAACAUAUGUGGUAGAGCAUGCACAAUGCGUUGCUAUGUUGAAUGUAAUAAAACUCUUCCAUGUGGACAUGAAACGAUUAUGCCGUGUUUCAAAGAUCCCAUAAUCUACAACCAGUGCUACAGCAACUGUGACAAAAUCCUGGAUUGUGGCCACCCUUGUUCCAAGAAAUGCAAGGACCGAUGUCGCUGCAACACUACAAUUGAGGUCAAGCUGCCAUGCAGUCAUGGAGUAUUCGUUUUGUGUCCUGAAAAGAGCUAUCCACCCCCUUGCUUUAAGAAAUGCACUAGAAAGUUGCUUGCCUGUGGACACGAGUGUCCUGGUCUGUGUUAUGAAGAAUGUAGCAGUUACCGGUGCGAAAUUUUGGUUGAAAAGCUUCUUCCAUGUGAUCACAAACAAAUCCUUCCAUGCCACUUUGACCCACGCUACAUCAGCUGUCACGAAAUGUGUCAAAGGAAAUGUAACCGAGGCCAUCCCUGUCAACAACGGUGCCACUUUGGUUUUCCAUGUAAAGAUUGCCAAGUGAUGGUUAACAUGACAAUUCCCUCAUGUAACCACAAUAUUGAGAUGCCCUGUCACUUGGACCCAACUGCACUAGUUUGUAAAAAGCCAUGCGAACGAGUUAGAACCUGUGGACAUCCUUGUCGAGACGUCUGUGGGAAGAACUGUGAAGCACGACCAUGUAUGAAAUUGGUACCGAGAACAUUACCUUGUGGACAUACAGUAACUCUAGCCUGUAACAAAAGUCUUCAAACGUACAAAUGCAAGGUAAAAGUUGUGGUCGAUCUAUCAUGUGGACACAAGAAGGCAAUGGACUGCUGUGUUGAAGAAGCUGGCCUACAGAACGUGAAAUGCAAUGAGAAAGUAGAUAAAGAACUGCCUUGCAAGCACAAAGCCAUCCUUCAGUGUCACACAAAUCCUGAAGAGUACAAGUGCAUGAAAAAAGUCGAUGUCACAAUGGUAUGUGGACACACAAAGUCUGUCACCUGCUCCGCUGAAAGGGCUGGAAGACUACCCCGUUGCAUGGUUAUGAGAACUCGAAAGUUGUCCUGUGAUCACGAGGUAACUAUUCCCUGUUGUGAAAUCCCCGAAGAGUACAAUUGCCAGGAGAUGGUUGAUGUCACACUGUCCUGUGGACACAAAAGGCGCGUGGAAUGUUCAAAAACGAGGAAAGUAUCAGAAGAUGAGAAAUGCGAUGUUGUUGUCAAGAAAAAACUACCUUGUGGCCAUGCGAAAGAAAUGCAAUGUUCCGUGANCAAAUCCUGA